AGAAAAACGAAGGGUAAGUCAGAAGCAGAAGAUACAAUAGAACUUCGUGCUUGUAGAUGAGUAAUGACCAUGCCGAAUUCGUGGUGCACAGGCUUAUCGAGGCAUGCUCCAGUCUUCUGUUCUACAGUAGUGUAGUAGAGUGUAGUGUUGAUGUGACCCGCAGGCAUACGAGAACGUCCUCAAAUUGGAUACGCCGAAGAUACUCGCUGAAAGAAAUAGGGUGACCUUUUCCCUCGAGAACGGCGAGGCGACGUCCAUGAUGGUACGAAGGGUAGGUAAACACGGCCGCACUACGUUCUGCGGGCGAAACGAGGCAGAAGCACGACCCUAUUCGUCUGAGUGAGAUCGGGAGCCACAGGGAGCUACCUGCACCCAUUGUAACAUGCUAUAAGCGAGGUCCAGAAUGUCAAAGCUUGUGGAUUAUCUUCCAGAGGCCUGGAGAGCCCUAGGUUGGAAGGAGGCGGUCCUCUUCGCGUUCGAAAGACGAUCAGUCCGCGCGUUGAAAGAGUCGAUCGUUAACAACACGACGAAGCCGGACUGUGAUGAAGGGGAAGAUGAAGGCACGAUGAAGAAGCACGAGUAGAUAGAGCCCUAGAUGGUACCGAAUACUCUCUAGAGUGAUGAUCUGUUGUGCUACAUACGCAGAGACAGGUUUGACCUGCAUGCGCUAGAGCACGACGAGUCAUCGUUAUAAUUCUGAAAUUCUUUGAGACAGGAAAGAUAUGGAAGGCUAGCCAUGGGCAGAUCAGGCAACGAAG